GUAAGGAUGUAAGGUCGUAGAGACCAAUAGUUUAGGGACUGAAAGCACUGCCCACCAGCUUUUCUGCCUCACUUUACAAUAAAGCAAAAGCACAGAAUAAAAAAGAAUGCUAAACAAAUGAAAGAAGAAUGAAACAAAUGCAAAUAUAAAAAUUCUUUCAAUGGCAUAGACCCAAAGUUUGUUUAGCCACAUCUGAGAAAGCAAAAAGGGAACUCUCUUGACAAAGCUUUUAGCAAAGUGAAGUCCUGUUUGGUUGGGUGCAUAAACAAGGAUACUUAGCAAAGUGAAGAGACAAAGUGAAAGGGAAAAGGCAAGGAAAGGAAGAGAGAUUUUUCUUUAGGGAACUUCUUUCUUGAAGGAUCAGAGGCAUAUGAAAUAUUUGAAGUAGCUAGCUCAUCAUCAGUUCAGUGCAAGCAACAAAUGAUGGCAGGAAACCCUAGCUGGUGGAGCAUGCAUCCACCUUAUCAACAGCCUUCUGCUUUGUUAACUACAUCCCCUUCUCUCUUCCCUCCUCAACAUACUCUUGGAUCUUCUACUCUUCCUCCUAAUCCUUUGCCUGAUCAUAACCAAGAGCUUCCACAGUCAUGGAGCCAAUUACUCUUGGGUGGAUUAUCCGGCGAAGAAGAGAGGUUUGGUCCAAGUCAUUUUCAGCAGAAAAAGUUGGAAAUUUGGGAAAACCAAAUCCUAAAUCCAUCACCGAGGGUUCCUGUUAUCGACGUCAAGCAAGAGGUUACUCAAAAUAGCAACUUGUACGGUCAUGGCGAUCAUGAAUUUCAAGCAUCUAGGCCCGCUGCUGCUUGGUCUCAAAUCACUCCAGUUUCUUCCCCUAGGUCUAGUAUUACUAGCUUAUUAAGUAGUAAUAUGUUUGACUUCUAUCACAACAAGGAGGCAGAUGGGUCGAAAACCCAACCCCUAGAUCAUUCUUCUGAGUUUAAUAGCACAGCCACAGGUGGGGUGUGCAAGAAAGCUAGGGUUCUGCCGUCUUCAAGCCAAUCACCUUUAAAGGUGAGAAAGGAGAAGCUAGGAGAUAGAAUAACAGCACUGCACCAGCUAGUUUCCCCAUUUGGAAAGACUGACACUGCUUCAGUCUUGUUAGAAGCUCUUGGAUAUAUCAGAUUCCUUCAGAGUCAAAUUGAGGCUCUUAGCUCCCCUUACUUGGGUACUGCAUCUCCAAACCUGAGAAACCAACAAUCUGUUCAAGGAGAAAGUAAUUGUGCAUUUCCUCAAGAGAAAGGACAGGAUAACCAGGAUGAGUCUAAGGACUUGAGGAGUAGAGGGCUGUGCUUGGUUCCUGUUUCUUGCACCCAACAAGUUGGAAGUGAUAAUGGUGCUGAUUACUGGGCACCGGCUUUCGGCGGCGGGUUUUAGGGAGGCAAUUGGCGUUUGAUUGCAGCAUCAUGCUCUGCUAGCUAAAGCUUUGAAUGGGAUAUAUGGGAAUGGAAUGAAUAUAACAUCAUGAGCAGUCACUCUGCUGAUUAUAUUAAGGCUGAUUGCUCAUGAUGCUAUUGCAUUCUUUUUUAGCUAUACCACAUGAAAGUGGCUAUAUUAAUUAUUGUUCUUGUACCUUUUUUAUUAAUUUAGGAUAGCUUGUAUUUUAGUUUUAAUUUCCUUUGAGCUAUGGCAUAGAGCUCAUCUAUAACAAGUUCACUUCUAUUUUUGUUCAUCUCAAAAGGAAAAAAAAAAAAAAAAACUUGUUGGGAAAGAAGUACCAUUCUUUCUUCUUUUAUUCUUGAAGAAAGAAUCUUGACUCUUACAAAUGUACAAAUAGCUUUCUCCUCUUGCUGAGAGAGAAAAAAAAAAAAAAAGC